ACUUUGUAGAGUGGGGUGUGUUAUAUACAGAUGUCUUCAUAAUUGACUAUCAAAAUAACAAUUAUUUGUAAAAUGAUUAAACAAUUCAUUGUUUCAAUGUCUUUGGGUUAUUGAGUGUCAGCUGGACAAAAUAAAAAUAUUUAAGAUGUCACUUUGAACUUUAGGAACAUAUGGGGCAUAAUUCUCUAGUUUUUGACAUUUUAUAGACCAACCAAUUAGGUGAUCUGCAGAUUAAUUGAUAUUGAAAGUUAUUGUAAACUUUCCCCCUCACUUAACUCUUCUCUCUUUGGUUGUUUCCAGAUGGCUUUGUUUUGAUUGCUUGUCUAGUCAGAGACAUUUAUCUUUUUCUUAAGCAGAAGAGGAACAAACACACUGUUACCACCAUCAAUAGAUAAGUAAUUCAAAGCCUUGUUGUUGUGGAUGAGUCACUCACCUGGUAUAAACAUUAGCAGGCUGAAGAAUUGCACAGCCACAGCCGCAUGUGUGGGAGAAAAAGGAAGGGGACACCUGUGAAGGUGUGUGACCGCGCGUAUGUAACAGAAGAUGAGGAGGAGGAGAGCAUGUCAGAACACAGCUACAGCCCUGGGGAUGGCCAGUAUCCAGAGGGAGCAGAAGACCGUCUCCCUCCACCUGGCAGUCCCUACUACCUGCCAGACCCCUCUCAGCUCUGUGUGCCAGAACUGGGCGAGGAGGGAGCGAGCGGUGUUCGGGGGCCUGUGCUCUUCCAUCCGCUGCCCAACUGCCGGAUUCGAGAAGUCCACUGCGGGACCCAGGUGCGGUUGGUCGUCAUUGCAAUACGAGACAUCGCCAAAGGGGAGGAGAUCACAGUGGACUACAGCCUAACAGACUGGGGCGAGAACGCAAUGGAGGACGAGGCUGGCCCCCACCCCCUGUCCGUCUCUGUUUCUGAUUACCUUACCCCCUCCUGGUCACUGUCGCCCUCAUCCUCCCCACUCACUCACUCUGAACCCAGUGACUCGGACCGUGAGGAGGAUGAAGAGGAAGAAGACGAUGAUGACGAUGACGAUGAAGAAGAAGAGGAAAUUGAGGAGAUUAGAGGUCGAAUGCUUCGCCGCCGUAAGAAGCGCAAGAUUGCAGCUGCUGUCAGUUCAAAGAAGAAGAGUGCACCCACCUCACCUAGAGGACCUGGGCGCCCCUGCUCCUCCUUUUCCCGCCCAGCACCUGUUCCACCCCCAGUCAGAUCCCAGUCCCAACCUCCAGUGAGCGCCCUGGCACCUCCAACCACCAACAUCAACAACAACAUUAACAUAAACAUUGGCAGCUCUAGCGGUGCCACAGUAAGCCGGCGGCAGCACUGCCCAUACUGCGGCCGCCAUUAUCGCUCCCUGGCACGGCACCUGGAGAAGCACCAUGCCAACCAGCCUGAGGUCAGAACAGCCAUGGAGCUGGCACACCUCCACACGCACAGCUCUUCAAAUGGCAGCACCUCACACCCUCAACCCUCAUCGUCCUCCACCUCUGCUACUCACAGUCAUUGCUUUGCCGUCCCCCAGCCCUCUGCCUCUAAUCCUGCACCCCCAUCUCUGUUCUCUAGAAAGAAGGAAUCUCCAGGAACCCGCUCAAGCACGGGUGGCGUCUCUUUCUCCCUUUCCCUUUCACCGCCUUCUUCAGCUCAGCCUGCUCAGCCUACAGCCACUAAGAGGGCGCCAAGCUUACCACUGCCUGCCACAAAACAUCCCGCACCCCUAAUGGUGUCUCGAGUAAAAAGUCCUUCACCGCCUCCUCCGUCUCCUCCUAGAAGAGGUCGGAGGAUGAAGAGGGAGAAGCAUGAAGAGCAGCAGAAGGUGGAGGUAGAGAGCUCAAGAAGUCAAGAGGAGCUGGUGCCACCCCCGACCCCAGAGCCAGACGUAGAUCCAGAUGAAGAUCUGGAGUUGAGUGGGGAAGGGGAAGAUGAUGCACCAGAGGAGAAGAAUGGAGAGACUGUAAGCACACACAGACAUCACAUGUCUCCACUGCUCUCUUCCCUCUCCUGUCUGGUCCUCUACCUCCGCUGCCAGCAGCACUCCUCUUUCCUUUCUUUAACUCGGUCUCCUCACUCUGCCGAGGCCUGGCGCCUGCUCUGCCAUUCUAGCCUCUCUCUGCUCAUCCUCUACAACCGCCACCGAGAAUGUGAGGUAGCCAAGCUCACUGUCCAGGACUACCGCAACCGUAUUACCCCUCAGACCAGCUCCAGCACCAGCUCCCCCUCUGGCAUGGAAGCCCUCCUGUCCCCCUUUGAGCGCCAGGUCCUCUGUCACCUCCCACGGGCUGGUGUUUUAGGCAAACGUGGUCGUGUCCAGCCGCUUAUUCUCCCACCACACUGUGAGUCCUGCCUGGACCUGCUUCUGCAAACCAGCCCCAAUGUGGGUGUGGACCCAGAGAGCCCCUACGUCUUCUCCCGGCCCUACCACUCUCCUGCCACCCCUCUCCGAGGCACAGACCUUCUGAGGAACCUGGCACGAGCUAGUGGGGCCAAGAACCCUGGUGCACUGACAGCAACACGAGUGCGGCGACAGGUAGCCAUCCUUUCCCAGCUGCUACUAUUAGAGGAGGGUGAGGGCCAGGGUGGAGCUACAAAACGCCUGGAGGACUUCCUGGAGCGAGAGUACCACGUGACACAGAACUGCUCCACAAUUAUACGUGACCCAGCACUGAUGGGCCGUGUGGGUCGCGUUGUUCUUUAUGGAGAGAGGGAAGGCGUGCUUUUCAGAGGGAUGAGCCUGCAGCACAUCUGCCUCGAGCUGGACGUGAUGUCUGGAAACUCAGCAGACUCCUUUUCAGAAGACUCUGAGGCAGAAGAGGAGGAGGACGUUAAGGAGAAGGCUGAGGUGAUGGUGAAGAAGAAAGGACCAGGCAGACCACCACGGAAGAAGAGGGCACCCAAUCCUCCUCCAGUCAGCCCACCGAUAGCCAAUGCCCAUAAGAGGAGGAGCAUUCCACCCAAAUCAGGGAAGCGUGGUGUGUUGAAGCGCCCCUGGUCAGAGGCGGAGCGUGUAGCAGUGGAGACUCACCUGAAGAGAAACCUCAUGGAGUUGCGCGUCCCUGCGAAGGCAGACUGUGAGCGCUGCCUCGAACUCUGCCCUCUGCUAGUGAGCAACCAGCGAGACUGGAGGGCAAUCAAGUUUUAUGUCCACAAUCGUAUCCAGCUGCUGAAAAAGCAGGGCAGGAGGGAAAGUGCCGCUGCGGUCUGCUAGAGCAAACAAAAGCAUGGCAGAGGACACGUAUCAUAAUGUAUAAACCACCAGCAACCACCAGUGAGAAAAUCUGUUGGUCGUGGUGGAGCGCAGCUUCUCUUUUCUUUCAUGGGUGCUGUACCUGAAGUUAAGAGCAUUUCCAGUUUCAUCAUCUGGUCAUAAGGGAGUAGUGUAAUAAACGUGACUAAACCAAGACAACAGAAGGGUCGUUUAAGUUAAGGAUCGUUUAAGUUAAGGAUCGUCCGUACUCAGUGUUGGAGAUGCCCGUUCUCUAUUUUCGAGAUAUGUUUUUAAGCAGCUGUACUUAGAAGUGUGAAUUUGAGUACAGACACGGUGAAUGCUUUUUAAAAGUUAUUUUUACUCUAUUAGAUAGUUGACGGUGGGAGGGAACUGGGACUAAAGAGAAAGUGACAUGCAUCCAUGGUCUCUGAUGAGGCACGGUAUGCGCUUUAGAUUGUUAGACACCAGGACGUGCUCCCUCAAAAAGUCCUUGGUGUAGCAUUCACGUCCGCUGAAGGCUGAUGACCAAAUGUGAAUAUGUAAAGCUUUGUAGGAAGAAACCAAUGGCUCUGAUCUUUAGAAACCCCACAGAGAGACUCUGUAUCUUCAGGACUGAAAUGCACAUGAACUUGUAUAGUUUGUGUUUCAUAACUGGCAUCACACCCCCCAACCCAUGGCAACCCAGCUGAUGAGUGUAGAAAAAAGUAUUCUUCAGUCGUUCACUAUGGUAACCUGUGAAGUGGUUCUUGCAUACCUCUGAUACCAUGAUCAUCAUCAGACUUGUAAGUAUCAAGGCACGCCUUCUUGAAUAUAUUGCGUAUCAUGAUUUUUGAACUAAGUUUAUUUCAGAAUCAACUUAUGGUCUUAUUCACAAUGUAAAUAUUUCCUAAUCUAUGAAAUCUAUACAGUAGUGAUUACAAAGUUAGUAUUGUGCUAUGGUGUACAUACUGUAAAUACUACCUGUACUUAUUAAAGUGUAUGACAUUU